ACGACGCUAAGCCAUGUUGCAGCGGAUAAUUGUAAUUUUGCCAAGUUAAGUGUGGUGCUUUAUGUCGGCAGAAAUGCCGAAAAAUUCACAUGUAGUCGUCCAGUACGGACCAUACGAAGCAUGUGGAGUAGUUGAAUCCCGCACCUCGAGACUUGCUGGAUUAGAAGCACAAUUAACUUCAAAUGGACACACAAUUGAAUUACAAGAAGUUCCAGAUUGGAAUGUUGUUCGAUUGAUUGUUAAUGGAGAAAACGUUUAUAAAUGCGAUAUAAAAGAACUUGACUAUGGAGGAGACGGGAAACUGGAUCCACUCUGUCUCAAAGCAGUAGCAGCUGUACUAAAAGCUUACUAAAUUAUUUUUAUUUAUAUCAAUUUUCCGUCCCAGUUAUGCCACAUUUUGUGUUCUUAUCAACGUCUAAUGGUUUGACUUUUAUAACCAGCCUAUGCAUAUCACACUGCAGUUCUACAUUCCAUUACAGUUAUGGUAUUAUAUAAUUGGAUAUGUUAUAUUUUGAUAAUCACAUAUACAAUGCACCAGACUUCUUUAAAGUUCGAUAUGCAUCAAUUUGAAUUAUAUGCAGCUUAAAUGGGAUCUCACUUCACAGGGGACCGAAUUCUUGGUUCAAGAUGUGAGAUUCUACUCAAUAAUAUAUGGCUCAAGAAAAAUUUUCAAAUUGCCACUUGCCUUAUUAAUUAACCCCUGCAAAAUAACAUCAUAGUUUUAAAAAAAAAAUCUUCCUAAUUAAUCUUCUGUGGUUGGUAUUUAUUGCAAACUUGACAUUGAACAAAUUUUAUAUUCUCCCAAAUAAGUCAGUGUAUGCAAUUUCAGAUUCUAUUUCAGCGUCAAAAUAUGCAUAAGCACUUUGGUAGGCUCACAACAGGCCACAUCUCUUACUGUCAAUAAUUGAUUUACUUUUCUAACCUGAAUCUCACUGCUUUCCAUGAAUAAACAGCCAUUUUCAUUCAGA